UCCGCCGCCGCCCCCCCCAUCCAGGCCGGGAGCCGCCGCCGCCGCGGACUCGCCGCCAUCCGCCGCGCGGGCGUACAACGAAAGGCGGGGCGGCCCCGGGGCACGCUACUCGCCUCGAGCGGGAAGCCCGUGGCUCCUCCCGCCGGGGCCCGUCCGUGUUCGGGCAGCGCGGCGGCGGGGCAACCGGAUAAAAGUGAUCGGAGAGCGAUUGAAAUGUUACGCACUAGCUGCAGCUGCAAAGGUGCUUUGCAGUUAGAGCUGAUGUUAGGAUUGUACCGAUCGACAUAAACACACAGGGGCUCAGGACACGCUCAUGCCCUGGAACGCUAAUAGGUUUCACUGCCUCCGAGGGAGAGAGCACUGUCAAAGGGAGGAUAGAGCGGGCACGGCCACUUUACACGCACGGCUCGCUAACGACUGUUCUCUGACCGUCGUGGACAGCUUGACCGGGUGGGCCUGGCUACAAUAUAUGCGCGGCUUGUACCGGACACCUCUGCAUCUUGCUUGUACAAACGGCCACGCAGAUGUCGUGGAAUUUCUAGCUGGACACAAGUGCCAGCUAAACCCUAAGGACAAGUGGAAGAAAUCGCCACUUAUGAAGGCAGUACAGCAUGAGCACAGAGACUGUGCAGCUAUUUUGCUGAAACACGGUGCCAACCCUAACCUUGGAGGUCCAAGCGGCAACACCGCCCUUCACAUCGCUGUCCUCGUUCGUAGCAAACCCCUAGUGACGGUGUUACUUGAGCACCAGGCUGAUAUUGAAGCUAAGAAUGUGCUGGGAUACACUCCUUUUCUUCUUGCUGUCACCACACGCUGCGAAGAGAUGAUGGAGUUCCUUGUUCAAAGAGGAGCUGAUGUGCAUGUUCGAGAUAGCGCGCAGAGAAAUGCUCUUAUGCUUGCUAUGAUUGGAAAUGAUCCCAAUAUAGUACGUCGGCUUCUUCAGUACGGUGUUGAUCUUUCUGCAGAAGACCAUCUAGGACGCACGGCUGAAUUUUAUACCAUUUCAUAUCCAAAUGACGACAUUUCGAGGCAACUGGAGCAAUACAAAAAACAAAAGAGCAAAAAUUCUGCAACAGAAACCAACGCCCCGGCGGAGCAUGAUGACAAAGCCCUGGCAGAACAUGACACCUGUUCCACAGAGGAAAGUGCAGAGAAACCCAAAAAUAUACUUGCACAGAUCACACAAGAUAAGGACAUUCUCCUUCCUAAAAAAGAUAGAAUACCAGCAGAGGGAGCAGAGAAACAGAAAAGCUUGGAUUGUGCUCCUGAUACUCAGGUGGAGGAUGAACUUUCAAGUAAAACAUUAGAAAAAAAGAAGGGCUCAAGUGCACUGCACGCCCAUCCUCUGUUAUCACAGUGCAGCAAAGGUGUCUCGCAAGUGACAAAGGCAGAGCAGAUGGAAGAUGACUUCUCCCUCCCUGAAUCUCAGGUGGAGGAUGAAUGUUCAUUUAAAUCUUUAAACAAAAAGGGUUCCAUUGUUGUGCACAGCCAGCCUGUGUCAGCACAGUGCAGCAAAGGUGUCUCGCAAGUGACAAAGGCAGAGCAAAAGAAAGAUGACUUCUCCCUCUCUGAAUUUGAGGUGGAGGAUGAAUGUUCAUUUAAAUCUUUAAACAAAAAGGGUUCCAUUGUUGUGCACAGCCAGCCUGUGUCAGCACAGUGCAGCAAAGGUGUCUCGCAAGUGACAAAGGCAGAGCAAAAGGAAGAUGACUUCUCCCUCUCUCAAUUUGAGGUGGAGGAUGAAUGUUCAUUUAAAUCUUUAAACAAAAAGGGUUCCAUUGUUGUGCACAGCCAGCCUGUGUCAGCACAGUGCAGCAAAGGUGUCUCGCAAGUGACAAAGGCAGAGCAAAAGGAAGAUGACUUCUCCCUCUCUGAAUUUGAGGUGGAGGAUGAAUGUUCAUUUAAAUCUUUAAACAAAAAGGGUUCCAUUGUUGUGCACAGCCAGCCUGUGUCAGCACAGUGCAGCAAAGGUGUCUCGCAAGUGACAAAGGCAGAGCAAAAGAAAGAUGACUUCUCCCUCUCUGAAUUUGAGGUGGAGGAUGAAUGUUCAUUUAAAUCUUUAAACAAAAAGGGUUCCAUUGUUGUGCACAGCCAGCCUGUGUCAGCACAGUGCAGCAAAGGUGUCUCGCAAGUGACAAAGGCAGAGCAAAAGGAAGAUGACUUCUCCCUCUCUCAAUUUGAGGUGGAGGAUGAACAGUCAACUAAACCAAUACACAAAAAGAAGCGUUCCAUUGUUGUGCACAGCCAGCCUGUGUCAGCACAGUGCAGCAAAGGUGUCUCGCAAGUGACAAAGGCAGAGCAAAAGGAAGAUGACUUCUCCCUCUCUGAAUUUGAGGUGGAGGAUGAAUGUUCAUUUAAAUCUUUAAACAAAAAGGGUUCCAUUGUUGUGCACAGCCAGCCUGUGUCAGCACAGUGCAGCAAAGGUGUCUCGCAAGUGACAAAGGCAGAGCAAAAGAAAGAUGACUUCUCCCUCUCUGAAUUUGAGGUGGAGGAUGAACAGUCAACUAAACCAAUACACAAAAAGAAGCGUUCCAUUGUUGUGCACAGCCAGCCUGUGUCAGCACAGUGCAGCAAAGGUGUCUCGCAAGUGACAAAGGCAGAGCAAAAGGAAGAUGACUUCUCCUUCCCUGAAUCUCAGGUGGAGGAUGAACAGUCAACUAAACCAAUACACAAAAAGAAGCGUUCCAUUGUUGUGCACAGCCAGCCUGUGUCAGCACAGUGCAGCAAAGGUGUCUCGCAAGUGAGAAAGGCAGAGCAGAAGAAAGAUGACUUCUCCCUCCCUGAAUCUCAGGUGGAGGAUGAAUGUUCAUUUAAAUCUUUAAACAAAAAGGGUUCCAUUGUUGUGCACAGCCAGCCUGUGUCAGCACAGUGCAGCAAAGGUGUCUCGCAAGUGACAAAGGCAGAGCAAAAGGAAGAUGACUUCUCCUUCCCUGAAUCUCAGGUGGAGGAUGAACAGUCAACUAAACCAAUACACAAAAAGAAGCGUUCCAUUGUUGUGCACAGCCAGUUUGUGUCAGCACAGUGCAGCAAAGAUGUCUCGCCAGUGACAAAGGCAGAACAGAAGAAAGAUGAUUUCUCCUUCCCUGAAUCUCAGGUGGAGGAUGAACAGUCAACUAAACCAAUACACAAAAAGAAGCGUUCCAUUGUUGUGCACAGCCAGCCUGUGUCAGCACAGUGCAGCAAAGGUGUCUCGCAAGUGAGAAAGGCAGAGCAGAAGAAAGAUGACUUCUCCCUCCCUGAAUCUCAGGUGGAGGAUGAAUGUUCAUUUAAAUCUUUAAACAAAAAGGGUUCCAUUGUUGUGCACAGCCAGCCUGUGUCAGCACAGUGCAGCAAAGGUGUCUCGCAAGUGACAAAGGCAGAGCAAAAGGAAGAUGACUUCUCCCUCUCUCAAUUUGAGGUGGAGGAUGAACAGUCAACUAAACCAAUACACAAAAAGAAGCGUUCCAUUGUUGUGCACAGCCAGCCUGUGUCAGCACAGUGCAGCAAAGAUGUCUCGCCAGUGACAAAGGCAGAACAGAAGAAAGAUGAUUUCUCCUUCCCUGAAUCUCAGGUGGAGGAUGAACAGUCAACUAAACCAAUACACAAAAAGAAGCGUUCCAUUGUUGUGCACAGCCAGCCUGUGUCAGCACAGUGCAGCAAAGGUGUCUCGCAAGUGAGAAAGGCAGAGCAGAAGAAAGAUGACUUCUCCCUCCCUGAAUCUCAGGUUGAGUUUGAAGCUUUAGUUAAGCCAUUACACAAUAAGAAGUGUUCUUGUGCCUCACAUGCCAAGCCUCUGUCAGCACAGUGCAACAAAGGUGUCUCGCAAGUGAGAAAGGCAGAGCAGAAGAAAGAUGACUUCUCCCUCCCUGAAUCUCAGGUUGAGUUUGAAGCUUUAGUUAAGCCAUUACACAAUAAGAAGUGUUCUUGUGCCUCACAUGCCAAGCCUCUGUCAGCACAGUGCAACAAAGGUGUCUCAGCAGCGGAAGUGGCAGAUUGGAAGAAAGAUCUCUUCUCCUUACCUCAUUCUCAGAGACAGGCCAUGCAGCUGAAGCAACCGCUUGACAAUGCUCUGAAGAGGGCAGCCCUGGCAGAAGCUUCACUUAAAUUUGAGAAGCAGCAUAUCAAACAACUGCAGAAAUUGAAGGUGGAUCUGAAGAGGUCUAAAGCUCAGGUGCAGGAAUUGAAGAAACAGCAUGUCUGCACUAACCGUUAUGUCAAGUCCCUGAAGAACACCUUAAGGGAUAAGGAGAGGGAACUAACAAGUUUACAGACUCUGGACGCCCUUCUGGCCACAUCCACAGAUACCCAAGUGUUGAAAGAUCACGUCCAUCGACUCCAACUGGAAACGGCCAAGCUGGAAGCCACAGUUCAGUACCAAGCCAAGACCACUGAAAUCCUUGAGAAUAACCUGCAAAUCUUUUGCUCAAUUUCUUGUAGCCUGGACGACUGCAGAGCCAGCUUUCAGAUAACACAGACUGCAAAGGAGCACCAAAACUGGCAGCAAAAAAGCGAGAAAAUCAAGACGCUGUCCGAUAAGGCAUGCCAAACAGAAGAGCUUCUGGACGCAGUGGAGGAAGGAAAGAUCAAGCCGGAGGAAGAACAUUCCAGGUUGGUGAUGCUUACACAGAAGUCUCCGCCAAAGACGGUGCUAUAUGCAUGGGAAGAGCCCCGACAAAAUUUCCAGGGGAAGACGAAGAACAGCUGUUCUGAGGAAGCCAACAAAGCUGACAAAUUGGAAAGGAUGGUGACAAAUGCAGCAUUGAUGGCUCCCCAGUGUACACAUUCCCACACAGACGCAGUUGAAAAAGGGCAUGCUGUGGACAAGCUAAAAUCAAUACCUCGGUUAAAAGUUUUCAGAAUGGAUGAAGUCUGGAAACCAUGACCUUCUGAACCAAAGCUGAAAUCUAGUCGAACCUCCAACCAACUACUAUACCAAAGCAGUAGCCAAUUCUUAGUGAAAUAUGCUUGACAUUAGACAAAGAUGUAGCUUAAAUAAAAUACCUUAGAUGGAAUAUGAUCAUUAGUAAGGAUAAAGUUUUCAAUCUUAGUGAAGGAUGUAGCUAAAGACGUCUAUGAGAACGUAGUUAUCACUUUGAUGUGUCUGUUUCUGUGUGUAGCGGGGCUGGUGUUCAAAGCUGUGAAACCACGUGUCCAGUCUUGCUUGGAAGUACGUGAAGAAAAAACAAGUAGAUAAAGGACCCCGCUCCUCCGUGGGGUCCCUCACACACUGGGCAGCCCUGCACAGGCCACUCUGACAUGCAUUCAUCCCAAGGGCUGCAGCUCCUCUCUGCCUCUCGUGUGGGGCUGCUCGGCGGCCCGCAGGCUCUCCAGCACGGCCUGCGCCACGGCCGCCUCCUCACACAGUCUCUCGCCAGUCCGGGCGCACUCACCUGGAGCUGCUGGUGGCUCUCAGUCCUGCCGUGGCCCUGCAUGGGUCGCAUGGGCACAGCCUGCGUUCUCACCACGGCUUGCAGAGAGGUCUCUGGUCUGGUGCUCCUCCAUCCUUCGUCCUUCUCUGACUGUGGGGUCCACGUGGUCGCCUCCAUCUUGUACCACUCCUUCACCUCCUCCCCAGCACUUCAAAUUCCUGUCCUUAAAUAGUGCUGGCAGGGAUGUCAGAUUGGCCCUGCCAGGCUGGAGGUGAUUCUGAAGCCAUGGGCUGGGAAGAAGUAAGAGAACUCUUUUGCAGCCCCCUCCCCCUGGUACCAAGCAAAAGGAGCUCCUCCCUAAACCAUGACAUUCCACCCCUCUCCUCUGCAAAUCACUUAUUCAAGAAAACAUCAAGGAAAUCUGAACCAUCUUCACAAACUGUCACACCUUAGCUACGAGUGGACGCACUGCGUAGGACCUCCCAGUUGCCGGGAGAGGCUCUCCAAAUCCUCCCUGCAACCGGGGCUCCCCAGCCACUGUGGCUCUGGAUGACAGCGAAGUAUUGGGCCAAUGGAUUAGGUAUCUUUCCUAAUCACUAUCACUAGUCUCAUGCGGUAAUGAUUAGGUGCAGUGCUUUGCUUAUGCUCUUUGUUGCUUAGAAAUAGAGUGCCGUAGGCUUAUUGUUGUAUGGGAACGCUUUAUCUUGCUUUCUGUAACAUUUUUAAACUAGACAAG